CCCACCAAGAUACAGACGAGAGCAUCAGAUAUAGACGAGAGCAUCAAGACACAGACGAGAGCACCAAGAUACAGACGAGAGCACCAAGAUACAGACGAGAGCACCAAGACACAGACGAGAGCACCAAGAUACAGACACAGACGCCAAGUGAAGUCCUGUGAGCCUCUUCAAAUGGAGAAAGAGGGAGACAACGGGACCUCUGUUGUCCGGUCGGAGACGUCACACAGGUGUGGCCGGUCCUGCCUCGGCCCUUUGACCUUCCACCCUGUGGCUGUGGGAGACAUGGUCACCUUGAGCCGCGGGGGUCGACUAGCAGAGAGGACGGGGACCACGUUCGAGAACGGCCUGGUGUUCGGCAGCCGCCCGGUAAAGGUCCGGGAGAGGAUUCGCCUGAGGGUUGAGAAAGACUCGAUCAGAUGGCAAGGAGCUCUGCGUGUGGGCUUCACCAACGUGCCGCCCUCGGACCGAGCUCUGCCCCUGCCCAACAUGGCCAUCCCCAACCUCACUGACGGCCACGGGCACUGGGCUGCCCCAGUGGGCGAAUCCCACUGCCCAGCAGGCUCAGAGCUGGAGUUCUGGCUCUCUGGAAGAGGCUCUGUUUUCGUCAGGAGCGCCAACUUCAAGAAGCACCGGCUGCUGACGGGAGUGGAUCUCAGCCGCCCGCUGUGGGUCAUGAUCGACAUCUACGGACAGACAUGCGCCGUUUCCCUCCUGGGCUCAGAGCAAAGGGAGCUAUUUCAGACCAGACGGUCCUGUCCUGCACCUAAACACCUGACCUCACUCGAUGCUGACAAACACAACCGUUUGAUUCCUGUCUCAAGCCUCCAUGGAAACGGGGAUGACCGCAUCUCAUUUGGGACCAAAGACCCAGCAGGUAGAGGCAGCGUGAAGGACUGUGUGGUGUGCAUGGAUAAGCAGGCCAGAGUCACUCUGUCUUGCGGCCACCGGUGUUUAUGCACCCAGUGCGCCUCCAGAGUCUUCCGGCAGUUUGGCACCUGCCCGCUGUGCCGAUUCAAGAUCGGCGCUCCCUCAGUGGACGGUAUUUGAGGUGUGUGUCUGCGCUGCUCGGCGGGAAAAGCUGCUGAGUGACGGUGGCAAAGAAAACUCUUUGAGGAGCAACGUAAUGUCGCCCCAUGGAAGCUGAGCCAGCAGCCUUUAGCAGACGUCAUUCAACUCCAUCGUCCGUCAUAAGCAAAUGUUGUACAGCAUGUGUGAACUGAGACGUCCUGAGAUGUUGAGCUGGUCAUAUGAGCUGCUAAUGUGAACGAAUGUUUGAAACUUUACUGCACUUUUAAUGUGAUUGUUAGAUAUGGAUGAAGGCCAGCGUGUGACUUUUUGGCUGAGACAAUCAAUGCAAAUAAUGAUUUGCACUCAGUUGAGCAUAAAGUGUAAUGUACUGUACAGUCACAGGGUAUGUUGCCUCCCUGGUGUUGUAAAUAUGAAAUAUUCUUUAUUUUUGUCAAAAGAAAAAUUAUAAUAAUAAUUUUUUAAAAAUAUUAUUUGAUUGUAAAAUUAUGAUUCAAUAAAAUGUAUGUCUAUCACACAA